AUGGGAGUCCGAGGUUUGACUACUUAUAUUAGCCACAAAGAGAAUUCUUUCCUACAAGACUUUUUAUUACAUGAUUGCCCUCUGGUUAUAGAUGGGCAUAGUUUGUGUGCCCAGUUAUACAGAUUACUCAACUGUUUCUCUGCUUUCGGUGGGGAUUAUGACAAAUUCGCAUCAUAUGUACGAAACUUCUUCAAAAACCUGAAGAAAUGCAACAUUAUACCUUAUGUUUUGUUUGAUGGAAGCUACGAACACAGAAAAUUGAAAACUGCGCACAGCCGCUUGAGGUCUAAAAUAUAUGGCGCUUCGAAGCUCGAUCCCGUUACUCAAGGAAGCCUACAGAUCUUCCCGUUACUAGUUCGUGACGUUUUCAUAGAAGCUUUGAUUGAUAUGAAUGUGGCAUAUACAGUCUGUGAGUUUGAAGCUGAUGAUGAAGUAGCAGCAAUGGCCAGACACCUAGAAUGUCCUGUGCUAAGCUACGAUUCAGACUUCUACAUAUACAAUGUCCUAUACAUCCCCUUCAAUACAUUAGACUUCAAAGCUAAACCAAUAGAAAUUGAUGGAACCAAACAUUUUGCUUUAGAAUGCAAAAUCUUCAGAGUGGAAUACAUGCUCAAAAACUAUGGGGGAUUACAAGAAGAACUUUUGCCAUUACUAGCAACAUUGUUAGGCAAUGACUAUGUUGAAAAGAAAGUCUUUAGGAAGUUCUUCUCACAAAUGAAACUGCCUAAGACUAAGAAAAAGACUAAUGAUCAACAGAAAUGCAUUCAUAGUUUAUUUCAGUGGCUGCAGAAUGAGACAUUAGAGACAGCCAUACAAAAGAUACUGGGUCGUCUGAAGAAGAGACAGAAGGGGAAAGCUCUUGCCUUAAUAAAGAAGAGUAUUAAUGGUUACCAUAGCAAGCAUUGUAGAUCACUCAAGUAUUUUAAUAUCAGUGACGAAGAUACUCCUGAAUCAGACUGGCAACUACCUGAAAACUUUGAAGAAGAAUUAUGGCAGAAGAUGGAGAUGAAAAUGAAGAUGACAAAGUGA